AUGGCGUUGGAUCUGUGGCCCUUCCUCCCAGCAUCCCCUAACAUCACCAUCCCCGAACCCCUCUUGUACGACACCUACAUCCCAGAGAAUGAGUCAGACCUGAAUGCCAACUACUCAGAUCACCGGGAGCUUCAUCAGGAUAAAACCAGCUCAGUCGUCCUCAGCUUUAUCAACUUCAUGGUUUGUGCUGUGGGACUAUGUGGAAACACCCUGGUGAUCUACGUAAUCCUACGUUAUGCCAAAAUGAAGACGGUGACCAACAUUUACAUCCUGAACCUGGCAGUGGCAGAUGUUCUAUGCAUGAUGAGCCUGCCAUUCAUCGCCCUGCAGCUGGCUUUGGUCCGUUGGCCCUUUGGAGAGGCUCUGUGCAGGGUGAUCAUGACCGUAGACUCACUCAAUCAGUUCACCAGCAUCUUCUGUCUGAUGGUGAUGAGCAUCGAUCGGUACCUGGCUGUGGUGCACCCCAUUAGGUCCACAAAAUGGCGGAAACCCCGUAUCGCCAAACUGAUCAACGUCACUGUAUGGGGUGUUUCACUGAUUGUUAACCUACCAACAAUGAUCUUCAGUGGCUUGAACAAGGUGCCGGUUUGUGGGAUAGUGUGGCCUGAACCCCAGGACCUCUACUACAAGAUCUUCAUUUUCUACACCUUCUCCAUUGGAUUUUUCAUGCCGCUGACUGUGAUAUGUCUCUGCUACCUGCUUAUUAUAAUCAAGGUGAAAUCAUCGGGAUUGCGUGUGUGUUCCUCGAAGCGGAAGCGUUCGGAGCGGAAGGUGACGCGGAUGGUCUCCAUCGUGGUGGCGGUGUUCGUCCUUUGCUGGCUGCCUUUCUACAUUUUCAACGUCACCUCCGUAACCGGCUCCAUAAUGCCCACCUCAGCCGUCAAGACCUCGUUCGACUUCGUGGUGGCCCUCGCCUACGCCAACAGCUGCGCCAACCCCAUCCUCUACGCUUUUUUGUCCGAUAACUUCAAGAAGAGCUUUCAGAAUGUUCUGUGUCUGAAAAAGGUGGCCGGCCUGGACGAGAUAGAGCGCAGCGACAGCAGGGCGGACAGGAGCAGGAUGGUAAACGAAGCCAUGCUCAUCAACGCCAACCUGGAGACUCAUAACUCAGCCCUGCUUAACGGCGAGUUGCAGACAAGCAUCUGAGGUUUAUAGAAGCGGCAGCAACAUGAAAGGAGGAAAGAAAGCCGUGGACUGCUGGCGUAUUGCUAGCAAGGCCCGCUUACAGUUGCGGGGGCAGGAAAAUGAUGUAAUAGCUGCUUGUGGACACUGACAGAAGAGCAAAGUCUGACAGAAGAUAAA